AUGGAUGAUUUACAGCUUUCUGAUACAUUACAAAGAUAUUUUUCCGAUGUUUUUUUGUGUUGUGAUGAAGAUAAUUCCGGUAAAGCAUCAUUAGCUAAAACAGUCGAACUUAUUCAAUCAGGGAGUGUACCUGAGGAUGUCAUUUCGCAAAUUUCAGACAUUUGUUGGACUCUAGGCACCAAUUAUCUCAACAAAAAACAAUUUUUUUCUGCAUUAAAGCUUGUAGCAGCCUAUCAGGCCAAUAUUCCUAUCAGGAGUGAGGUUUUAACUUCAAAAGUCGAGCUACCUUUGCCUCGUUUUACAUGGACUGUUAUCGACAACAAGAGCCCCAUAGGAGAUUUGAUUGAACUUAGAAAUGAGCCAAAUGAUUAUUCUGAACAUGUAAGUACUGAAGAAGAAUCGUCAGAGAAACAUAGUAGCGAAGAUGACACAGAAGUUUCUAGCGAAGUUUGGACUAUAACAAAUGAACAAAGAGAAUACUAUACAAAUCAAUUUAGAUCCCUCCAACCUGACACCAAUGCCUUAUUAGCUGGUCCUAUAGCUCGAACUUUUUUCGAGAGAUCUCGCCUCCCUAUACACGAACUUCGGAAAAUAUGGCAGCUGGCGGACGUUACCAAAGAUGGAGCUCUAUCGUUGCACGAAUUUAACACAGCAAUGCAUUUAGUUGUGUUAAGACGGAAUCAUAUUGAACUACCUGAUGUUCUGCCACCCACUCUCGUACCUGGAAACGAAACUCCUUUGUCUGUGAGUCCAGAAACUGAACCUAUAUUAUCACCUCAAACUAAAGACACUGCUAAAGAAUGGACCAAAUUUGUCGAUAGCCCAACUAGUUCUGUUUCAUCACCUGGGCCUAAACCUGUCAAUUUUGAUUUUCAGAAAGUAACUUUAGACAAAGAUUCUAAAAUACUUCAUCCUGUACCGUUACGUCUAACUCCAGAAGUUGCCAAUAACCAAGUCGACGACCAACCUGAUGGUAUUGAUUUGCAUAGUCCUAAGAAAUUCGCUGAUAACGCACUGAAUCUAACACAGAACUUGCAGAACUUAAGUGCACAAAAUAGCGCUAUACAGCGUCCCCAGCCGAAGAAAAUCAAUAUUCCCGGUCCGGGAGCAAUACCUCCGCCGCCAACUAAUCAAAAUAAUACCGAGGAAGGACCAGUUAGCCUGCCUGCAUUUCCUCCACCUAAAAAAGAAAAGCCGCCACCGCCACCUCCUCGCCCUUUUAAAACCCAUGGACGUAGUUCGUCUUUAGAUUUAAACAGGCUCACCAAACUCGGUGCUCCGCCCACUGUGCCGCCCCGCAUUAGCCCUAAUAUUCAAGGAGCCAAGAAACUAAUUAACCAAAGAUCUGAAGGAGAUUCUGCAUCUCAGACCGAAACGUUCGCCAAUUUCGAUCAGUUUGAAAAAUAUGAAAAUGUUUCAGAAGGGAUUUUCCGCGGUGACGUUUACGAAGCCGAAAGGAAGAAGCUAUUCGCCCAGUUUUCACAGCCUAGUACCAGUGACGACCCGCCGAGAAAACACGGAGCUUUUGAGAUAUACAGAAAACCACAAGCUAGAGGGAAAGACAGCCCCGUGUCACAAGAGGACAAAGCUAAAUGGCAACUAUUUCAACAGCUACAAGAGGAGAAUACUGUGCUCCUGAGGAUCUGCCAAGAACUCAGUCAGGAAUUGGCUGAACUAAGGGAGGAAAAGUUAACUCUGAAAGUUAGGUUAGAAAAACAGUUAAGCGGAGGUUAA